AUGAGUGUUUUCAGGAAACCUCUGGAGGCAGAAAAAAACCCGCACGCUUCAGUUUAUGUGGGCAAUCUAGACCCGCAAGUGCUGGAGACGCUUUUGUACGAGCUAUUCAUCCAGGCAGGUCCAGUCCGCCUGCUUCAUCUCCCCAAAGAUCGGAUUCUGCGAGAACACCAGGGUUUUGGGUUCGUGGAAUUCCGCACGGCACAAGACGCAGACUAUGCGGUGGAGCUUUUCCGGGGGGUUCGGCUAUUUGGACGAACGCUCAAGAUGAAAAAGACAGAUCCACAGAGCACCACGGAAACAGAGACACUGGGCUUGAGUGUGGGGGCGCGUUUGUUUGUGGGCAAUCUCAAUCCAUUGGUUGACGAGCAGUAUCUACGAGAAACCUUCAACAAGUUUGGUGCUUUGGUGGGACGGCCAGUUUUGGCCAGAGACGAAAACGGAACGCCAAAGGGCCAUGGGUUCGUGGAAUUCAGCGACUUUGAGAGUAGCGACGAUGCUCUCAGCAAAAUGAAUGGAGCCAUAUUGAUGAAUAGCAGGAUAAAAGUCGAAUAUGCAUACAAGGACGGGGACAAACAUAUUCGCCACGGUGAUGAAGUCGAAAGACUUCUUGCGCAACAGGCAAAAAUCAAUUUAAAGGACAAGAGGAAACCUCGCAAGAGAAAAAAGUAA